UCAUUUUCAUUAUCUCCUUUUCUAAACUUUCUUGUAGUUUCUCCUUAUUCAACUUUUAAUCAUUUAAUCUGGUUGUCCAGGUAUAUCCUCUCCGAGGACUUCUCAUCUCAAUUUACUUUUUAUUGUCUAUUGCACUCUGUUUGCCAAUCUAAAAUUCUGGCACAUAAAUCUGUGAUAGGAUUUGAUUUACAUGUUUGUAAUAACUAUUACGAAGUGGCACAUAGGCAGCAAUUUGACUUCUGGAAGAACUUUAGAAACAGCCGGUUGAAGCAUAUUUUGCGACGGCCGCUUCCUGAGCCUGCAACUGCACCACCAACUUCUGCCCCACCUGCAUUGCUACCAACAAGUGUAGCCCCUCCAGCUGCUCCACCUCCUGCUCCUUCACCUGUUACAGCUGCAGCUCUUUCCCCAAUGCAGUAUGCCAUCCCUCCUGGAUUUGGUCUUGCUAAAACUGGCCCGAGGAAUGCUUCUGUUGAUAGAAGAAAGAGAAACAGGAAAGAUGGAUGAUUUUCUUUUACUAAUGACACAGGCAUCCAACCAAUUAAUUCAUGAAUUAAGGUAAUACAUUUUGCACCCCAUCAUUUCAUUUUUAGAAUAUGUGUUGCAGUUCCUCAUUGGAAAAUGCUUUUAUGAAAUCCUAUUAAGAGUGUGAUUUGUUGUAUAUCGAAUUUUAUAGUUCUGACCAAGUCUAAAGCACGACCAAUGACCUCUGAUUUCUUUCUCGUGUCAGAAGACAUAGUACUAAAGUUACGCAAGAGAUCAACUACAGAUUUUUAUUGGGUUCUUCUGGGAUGUGCUUAUUAUUGUUACAAUUGUUUAAUUUCUUUGGCUUGUAGUUCAGAUGUCUGGUGAUAGGUGACUGGAAGAUUGCCAAUGCACACGUAUAGCAAUAGUGGUUAUCAAUGGCGUGAAGAAGUUAUUCCAAUCACCAUCUUUUUUAAUCACAAAGGCAUCAAGAAGAUGCAUAGUUACAAAAAAGGGGGAGAUAUCAGCUCAUACAGAGAUAACAAAAACCUAUCAUGAGUCUAAGAGCUGAUAAGUCGAAAGGUCUAUCAUAAGACGAAAAAGCUAAUAAAACUUGAAAAUAAUCUGGGUUAUAUACAGGGGUAAGAUUGACCCGGCUAAAGAGAGUAAUCAGGCAUCUGGCCUUGACAUUAGAACUGGCUGUUGCAAUACCAUCAAAACAUCUAUGGUUUCUUUCUAACCAUAAGCAUCACAAAAUACAAGCAGGAACCGUAGACCAGAUUCUUCUGAUGGCCUUCCCAAGUUUCCAAGAACUCCAACCAACAAAAAAUUCACUGACAGUGCGAGGCAUAGGCCAUUGCAGACCCAAAAAAGAGAGGAACAUAUUCCACA